GAAUAAUCAGCAACCAAAUUGAGUUGCAAAUCAAUCACUUCAGCCAUCCACAACAUGUCUUAGCCCUCAUCAAUAGUGAUCAUCAAGAUAAUGGUGAUGAUGAUGAUGAUAGAAUAAUCACUUGUAAUGGCUGCAUGCGACCCAUCACCAAAAUUGAUGCCUUUUAUAGCUGUACAGAACAAGAGGAGUCGUGCCCUUUCUUUCUACAUACAGCUUGUGCACACUCACCUAAAAAGAUAAGUUUCCCAUAUUACCCUGAGAUCCAGUUUGAACUCCAACCAAGGGCUCAAUAUUCGAUUGGUGGGGUGUUCGAGUGUUUCAUGUGCGGUACGUUUAGCCAAGGCUUCGUAUACCUUGAUAAUAUUAAUUCAACUAUCGGCAUGGACCUUCAGUGCGCUAUUCUAUAUAAGCAGAAGGCUCUUAAACAUGAGGCUCAUGUUCACACCCUCCAAUUCAACAUAAAAACUGAUAACACUUAUAAAUGUAGGGGUUGUGGCACUUCUAAAAAAUAUUAUUGGUUCAGUUGUAGGAGAUGCGACUUCCAUCUCUGUAUUUCAUGUGUUAAAUUAACUCCUACAGCGAGGCACAGGUACGACAAUCAUCCUCUCAAGCUCACCUAUGACAGUGUUAAAAACGAGUUAGAUGAAUAUUAUUGUGAAAUAUGCGAAGGCAAACGAGAUCCCAAACUCUGGUUCUACUCCUGCUCGGAUUGUGACUUUGAUUGUCAUCCUCAUUGCAUUCUCGGGAGGUAUCCGCAAGUCAAGUUAGGAGAUAGUUACAAGCAUCCGGCUCACCCACACCUUGUCACCCUUGUUGACAAGAGAAGGAGUGAAAUUCCUUCCGAUAAGAGAGAGCGGAUUCUUCCUUGUAAAGUGUGUAGUGAACCUUGUGAAGGAUUGGUGUUUGAAUGUUCUGAGUGUAAUAUAAAUUUCCACCAAACUUAUGAGGACUCUCACCCAUGGUUCAAAGGACAAUGUAAUUUCUGAUAGUCGAAAUAAAUUGAUUCUCGUUUCAAAUUCAUUUC